AUGCAGGCGGCGCUUGCAGCCAAGGGCUAUGAUCUGCUGGACACAGACGGCGGAGGAGCUGAUGGCGAAGCUGAUGACUCGGAGGAAGAAGAUAUCUUUGGCAGGAUCCGCAAGCUGCCGCCAGAUACGGCCCGCGAAAAGGGCAAGAAGGCCUUCCAGGAUGGCGAUUACGACAAAGCAAUCCGGUACUGGCAAGGCGGGCUCAAGUCCAUUUUGGGAUCGCUUUGUGCAGGGCCUGCGGCGCUGUCAGAUCAGUCCUUGUCUGAGUUGGACUUGACGCUGAACCUGAACAUCGCUAUGGCCUACAUGAAGAAAGAGGAUUUCCAUGCUGCUGAGAGGUCCGUUGACAAAGCCCUUGCCAGAAGAGAGGCACUGCCGGCGCACCUCAUCACUAAGGCACUUUAUCGAAAAGCGAUGGCUCAGCGAUCAAUGCGCAGGCUGGAUCAGUGCAUGGCCACGCUGGCCGACCUGCUUCAGGUAGAAGCUGGACACGCCGCCGCCAAGCAAAUGCACCAAGAGGUUGAGCGCGAGUGGGCAAAGCAGUGCCGCGAUCAGAAGAAGAACAUGAGGAAGCUGUUUGACAAGCUCUCUGGAGAAGACCGUGCCGCGGAGGAGCAGGAGCGCCAGCAGCGCACAGCGCUCCGUGAACGGUCUGGUGUUCGGUGGUUGGAUGACGAUGUCGACUCAGAAGCCUUUGCAGCUGGCAGUGCACCUUCUUCCGAUGGGAAGGACUGGGGGCUGGCCCUGAGCCGAACGGUGCUGUGGUCUUUGGAACAGCUGGCGCUGGAAGGGUGUCUCUGCUGCCCAGAAGGCCUUGGCAGAGCCACCUUCUGGUUCUUGGGCGCGUCAUCCACCUGCGAGCUCAGAUGGCUUAAACCAGCCGAACUUCUGAAGCGGCUUCCUGGCAUUCACUGCCUGGAGCUUGAACUCAUUGGCUUCCUUGGCGAGAUAGACCCCGACAACUCCCGGGUUCCUGACCCCAAUGUCGACAAGCUGCCAGAGGGCAUCGUCGAAGCCAAGUUGGAUGAGCGCCAAGCCUUGAUAAGGGCCACCAAAGGGUCCCUGGAGGAGGCCUUGGAGAAGGAGCUGGUUCCACCUCCAGAUGCGGACGGCAAGGAGGUGCUUUUGAUGCACUUUGUUCUGCACUUCUGCUCACGCAGCUAUGCACAGCUUAACCAUGCCCAGAUGUCCAAAGAAGGCCGUGCGAUGGCGCCGAGCCUGAAGCGCUUGGCCACCUUGUGCCUGAUACCAGUAAAGCUGGCAUGGUGGUCCAUCAUGUCCAACUCGAAGGAUGCCGUAAACGGCUACGAGGGACGAUUUCAAGAUGAGUCCCUGACAGAGCGGACCACAACCGAUGAAUACUAUGAUCUGGCGACCGACUUCUACUUGUAUGGAUGGGGCUCGUCAUUCCACUUCGCAACACGCUUCCUGGGCGAGAGCCUUGAAGACUCCAUCGUCAGGCACGAGCAUUUCCUAGCAGCGAAGCUGGGGCUGAAGCCUGGGCACAAGGUAGCUGAUCUGGGCAUGGGCGUUGGAGGACCGUUGAGGUCCAUACAGAAAUUCAGCAACGCCGAUGUAACGGGUGUGACAAUCAAUGAUUAUCAGGUGCGCCGCGCAAAGAAAUUCACAAAGCGGGAGUGCAGCGCCGCCUCGGCAAGUCACAUAGCGUCAAGGCAAGGCGACUUCACCAAGCUGGUUCCUGACGUGUUCGCAGCGGAGUCUCUGGAUGCUGUGUACUACAUCGAGUCUUCCUGCCACAUAGCUAACCGGACAGCCUCCUGGUUGCAUUUAUGCCGGGAAGUCUUCCUCGAGUCAGCGAAAGCCUUGAAGAAAGGUGGGAAGCUUUUCUCCUAUGAGUGGGUCAUGACAGACCGCUUCAACCCCGCUGAUCCCGAUCAUGUGGCAAUCAAGAAAGGCAUCGAGAUCGGUGAUGGGAUCGAGGACCUUGUGGGAAUCCGCGGCCCGCUAGAAGGCCUGAACAACAGUGGCUUCCGAAUUCUAGAGCAUGGUGACUUGGUUGAUCUGGCAGAGGAGUGGUAUGGCGACCACAAUGUGCCAUGGUAUUACGACAUGGUGUGGAUCACAGCACAGUUCUACUCCUUUGCCUCUUUCAGAACUUUUGCAUUAUCAGAAUUUGGCCAACGGGCCCUCGGCACGCUGCUGUGGCUAGCUGCCCAGGUUGGCCUGGUGCCUGAAGAGGCUUCCAGGACCGAGCAGAUGCUUCGGCAGGCAAGCAUCAACCUGGUCAAAGGUGGCAGCUCGGCAGCGCUAGCGUCAGUGCAUAGUGCAGGUCGAAAGAGUAAAUGCAGUGCAGUUGAGUUGAGCGUUCUCCGUUUCCCGUCCCUCCCCCCCAAAGACCCCUUCCCCCACCACUACCACCACCACCACCACCAACACCACCCCCACCACCACCACCACCACCCCCACCACCACAACCACCACCCCCACCACCCCCACCACCCCCACCACCCCCACCACCCCCACCACCCCCACCACCCCCACCACCCCAACCCCCACCCACACCACCCCCCCCACACCCCACCCCCCACCCCCCCCCACCCCCACCACCCCCCCCCACACACCACCCCCACCACCCACCCCACCACAACCCCCACCCCCCCAACCACACCCCCACCACCCCCACCACCCCCACCACCCCCCCACCCCACCACCCCCAACCCCCCACCACCCCCACCACCCCACCACACCGCCACCCCCCACCACCACCCGCCACCCCCCGCCUGGGGGUGGUGGGGGUGGGGGGUGUGGGUGGUGGUGGGGGUGGUGGGGGGGGGGGUGGUGGGGUGGUGGGGUGGUGGUGGUGGGGGUGGGGGUGGUGGGUGGGGGUGGGGGUGGGGGGGGUGGUGGGGGUGGUGGGGGUGUGGGGGUGGUGGUGGGGGUUGGGGGUGGGGGGGUGGUGGGGGUGGUGGUGGGGGGUGGGGGUGGUUGGGGGUGGUGGGGGGGGAGGGGGGCGGGGGGGGCGGUGCGGUGGGUGGCGGGGGGCGGGUGGCGGGGGCGGGGGUGGCGGGGGUGGCGGGGGUGGCGGGGGGGGCGGGGGGUGGCGGGGGUGGCGGGGGUGGCGGGGGUGGCGGGCCGGCCCCACCACCCCCACCACCCCACCACCCCCACCACCCUCACCCCCCCCACCACCCCACCACCCCCCCCCACCACCCCCACCCCGCCCUCCCGCGGGGCCGGAACACAGAGAACUGCCGUGGAGUUGUGCCACUUGGGUAG